AUGGAGGGCAACGAGAAGAAGGGGCUCCCACCGAUCCAACAACGCCAUCUGAACAUUGGUACGACGGUCGGAGGAAGUAUCUCACAGCCAGUCAGCCCAUCGAUGAGUUAUUCAACUGAUCGAGAAACCGUAAUGAGAAGUGCUAGUGGCCACGCAACAGUCGCCGAAACUCAUCUCAUUCGCUCGAUUGGAUCACAGUCUCAAUCUUAUACAGAAGAACAUUGGAGCUCAGAGAUCACUAGUUUUGUUGCUUUGGCUCCUCCAAAAUUCAUUCAGGUUAUCAAAGCAUAUCGAGUUCAUUCCACUGAUACAAUCAGUUUGGUUGUGGAAGUAGCUAGUGAUCCGCCAGCAAUUUUUGAAUGGUUCUGCAAUGAGAAAUCUGUUCUUCAAGAUCGUAACCGUUUCCAAGUAGGACAUGGUAUCAAUAUCAGUCGUCUGAAAGUCAGUCAACCAGAACAAGGAGUCUACAAAUGUGUGACAAGAAAUCCCGCUGGUGUCAGCACAAGUUAUGGGUACAUUUCGGUGAAUGCUGACCGUGAACACUUGUCCUCUUCAAAAGAAGACAUGCGUUUGCAACGUCAACAUUCUGUAACCUACCAUCAAGCUCCUCGAUUCUUAACCCAAGUUCCAAACUUAUUUGUAACUGCCGGAAGCAAUGUAAUCAUUGAUGUAGAAGUUGAUGCAAAUCCACCAGCAAGAUUUUCUUGGUUUGUCAACGGGAAAGAGUACAGAGAAACAACAAAUGGAGUCGAAAUGUUCUCACCGGACGUCAAUCGCAGCGUCGUCCGAUUCUCAAUUCCAGUGGCCGGAGAAUACAAAGUGGUGGCUUCCAAUGUUCAUGGAUCUGCAAUGUCUUGUGGUCAUGUUGAUAUUCAAAAAGGUGUGAAAGCUUAUGGAUUCGAAAAAUUAAAAUUUAAAAAUUUAGUAGUUGAAAUGGAAGAGUCAUCUAUCACGACAUCUACAACUACAUUUGAUCCCAUGACAACAUCAAUGAGAGCACUUGGAAAUGCAGGAAGAAACUCCCGACAGGCAAUCAAUAUGUUCGAAUUGAACUACACCCAAAGAUCAAGCAGCGUUCCGAGAGGUGUACGUCAUAUCGAAUCACAUAUUGAAGUGUCCAACAUGACGACAGAAGAGAAGAGACAACAACAACAAUCGUCGAGAUCUGAUGCAACCAGUAUCGUCGAAUCACGUUUCCACCAGAAACCACAACCACCGAAACCGCCUCGAGCGGGAACUUCGAGACGAUUCCUUCCAGAACCACCGAAAUUUGUGACGACGCUUCCACCGGUUAUCACUGUCAAUGCAGAAGAGAAACUGGUUUUAUCAGUUGAUGUGCAUGCGAUUCCAGCAGCUGAAUUUACUUGGCAUGUAAACGGAUUUGAAAUCAAGAAAAAUCAAAAUAUCGUUUUGCUGAACGAGCAUAACAAAUCAACUCUUGUUCUCCAUGCUCCGGUGAAACAAGGAAAAUACAAAGUGACAGCAAGAAAUGAUGUAGGAAGUGAGUCAGUCACAACUCAAGUUCAGCGAAUUGGAGAAUUGGAAGACGGAGCAAGAGGAUCGGAACCACCAGACAUAGUUGAAUCGGCUGUAACUGUGACUUGUUCGCAUGAUGAAGACGUUGGAUCACACUCUUCACUUCAAACGGUUAGAAGAAUGCAAGAAAUGAAAGACGACGAUGAUCAGGAUCCCAUUAAACCAUUCAUUGAAGCAACAAGUCCAAGAAUCAAGGAACCGUCAGAACAUCCAUUUGCCAAUGUUCUCAACCCAAAGAAAAGAGAAGAACGACUGUCUCCCUCUGCAAAAGGAAAGCAUCUUCCAUUUGCUCCCAGAAUCACAGCUCAUCCAUAUGAAUCUGUAUUUAAGAUUUUAGAUGGGUCACCUUUGAAACUUCGGGUGAUGGCUUCUUCUCUCCCACCUGCUACAUUCCUUUGGAUGCUCAACAAUUUCGAGCUUCGAAUGAACCAAAACAUUACAAUUCGAAAUGACGAGGAAAAUGUAUCCGAGAUCGAAUUCCAAAAAGCACCAAGUGGAAAUCUGACAGUCACUGCUAAAAAUCAUUUGGGAGAAGACCGAUGGACUGGAAAAGUUAUCGUUCAAUAUGAGAGUCCACCACCAGGUCAAAAGAUUACAACAAUCGAGAAAGUCACUGAAUCAUGGACACUUCAAGAAGCAGUUAUUACUCAAGUGGUUCCAACCGCUGCUGAUCCUGGAGACCGAAUUGUAAUAAUUGUGAGAUUCGAUGAGAACAAAACUUCUAAUUGUGAAUUUAACUGGACUAUCAAUGGAGUGAACGUGGAAAGAUUGGAAGAAAAUUUGGUAGCAGUCGAAUCGACAGAAUAUGAGUCGUCUCUGAUUGUUGAAAGACUAGAAGAACGACUCUGUGGAGAAGUUGUGUGCGUAGUGAAAAACCAGCACGGCGAGGUGUUUUCCUCAUCCGCUCACCUUAGAAUCCGUGACGACGAUUCUUCAUUCGAGAUUGUUCCACCGAACCUUCCAGAAGAAUCUGCUCCAAAGAUUGUGGAGCCACUUCAUUCUGCAAGUUUCCUUGACGGACAAGCAAUGUCUCUUCGAUGCAAAAUCACUGCGAACCCAUCAGCAGCUAUUGUUUGGUCAAAGGAUGAUGUUAAUGUAGACGACUGGGUUAUCAAUAAAGAUGUGACGACGACAGUUUUGGAAGGAGGAGUUUGUGAGCUUCUGAAUCCAGAAUGCUUUGCUGAAGAUGCUGGACUUUACAAAUGCACUGCAACAAAUCCACAUGGAACUGCAGAAACAGCAGCAUUCAUCAAUGUAGAAGGAGCUGAAUACGUCAAAGAUCGGGAAGAAGCAGAAAUUUCGGAAUCGGUUCUUACUGAUGAUGUUCAUAUCAUUCUUCCACCCAAGUUCAUUGAACUACUCACUGCAGAGACUGAUAACUUCCAACAGCUGGGAUAUGUUCGAUUGGUCGCCACUGUUCAAUCUGUUGCACCAAUCACCGUAUCAUGGCAGAAGGAUGGAUAUGAAGUUUACGAAAACGAAAAGUAUGAAGUAAUGCAGUUCGCUGAUGGAGGCCAGAUUUUGACAAUUCGUGAGCCAACUAACAAUGACUCUGGAGUGUACACCUGCACAGCUGAAUCCGAACAUGGAGUCAGCAAUAGCAGUUGUCAAGUUGAACUCAAAAUCAGUGAAGAAUCAAGUCCAGAAAGCUUUGAGAAGGUUGAAGUUUCUCCAGUUGAGGAAGUUAAAGAAACUGGAAUCGACGAUGAUAUUGAAGUUAUUCUCAAAGAAGAAGUAAGCGGAACUGCUCAAAUUGAAAAACGCGAAGAGGAGUUCAAGCUUCUUGUUAAAGUAGCUGAUCAAGUGGCCAGUACUUUGGUGGCAAAAGUGUUUCUGGAGGCGGUUCAUGAGGCUGUCAAAAAAAUCGUCGAGACAGAAGACGAGGAAGAAGACAACCAUGUUGAAUCAACUCAAGAACCACGGUUUGAAACCAGUACAGAUGAGUAUCAUGUUAAAGAAAAUGGUACUAUUAAGAUGAGUGCCACAAUCAGCGGACAUCCGACUCCAUUCCUAGAAUGGUAUUUUGGUGAUCAGAAACUUCAAUUAUCAGAGAAUGUGGCCAUGUCUUAUGAAGCUGGAACAUCUGCUAUCAUCUUGAAAAAUGUCCAGAUGCGUCAAGGAGGAACAUACUACCUGAUUGCUAAGAACUGCCACGGACAAGCUACUCUUCCAAUGAAGCUUACAGUUGAUGCAGUCGAGACUGUCACUCAUGUUCUCGAAACUUCUGUACCUCAAGUCAGCGUUGAUCAAGACGCUCGUUUGAAGAAACAAGAGGAAGAACUACGAAGGGCAGCUGAAAAAGUAUCAGAACAAUUUGCACAACUUUGGAUUCAAGAUGCUCAAACGGAAGCUGUGAACGCACAAACACAACAAGAUGUUCCUGUGACUUCACAAAAAAUCGUCCAACAGGAAAUUGUUACAUCGAAGACCGUUCAAGAACUUCAAGAAGUAUCACAAGAACCAGUUCCUGAGAGUCCAAAAGUCGAGGAGACCGUGGAAGAACGCGUCGAGAUUGUUGCUGAGCAAGAACACAAAGAAGAAGCUCAAAUCCUAGAACAACUCCCAGUUGAAGAACAUAAGAAGACACCACCAAGAACAUAUAGUCCGAUGAAUUAUGAAGAGAAAGUCAAAACAAUUGAAUCGAAUCUUCUCCGAGUCAGUUCGCAAGAGACGUUGGAACCAAUCGAGGCAACUAACAUGCUUCUGAACACUGCUUUGCAGUUAAAGAACGAACAUGUGUGCGAUGAAACUACCACUGUUGUUGUCACCCAACAACCACAGAAAUUCGAUCAGUUGAUUACUGUCAUCGAGUCGAACAUUGAACACCACGCCCUUCGGCUCAGCACAACUUCAUCGUCACCUCUAAAGUUUAUUGAUUUGGAAACAAUAAUUCAAAAACCAAGCACAUCAUGCGAGAGCAUAGAUAGAAUGUUCGUGGAAAAGUCGAAAAGAACAGCUAAUGCUCAACACAGAAUCGUAGUUCUUCAAGGAAUGUCCAAUACCUUCCACAAUGCAAUCACGUGGAGUUUGAAGAAAGUCAAGAAGCUUGUUGGAGAUGCUGAAGCCAAGGCUUAUGCCGAUGUCGAAGUUGUGAAACAAGAUGAAAAAAAUGAGCAAGUGAUGACUAUUAUUGACAAUGACACAAUCGUUCCUCAACUUUUGCAAGUGGCAGCAGCAGCCAAUAAACUCAAGUUGGAGAACGUCAGUGUUGCUUUGGUCAGAGAUGGUGAUCGUGCUCAUCAAGAACUUGUAAUCGAAUAUGAGAGUUCAAUCGAUGAGCCAAUGAUUGAACCACUUCAUAACACUUCUCAUUUGACAUUCCAUCAACAACAACCAACUGGACCAGAUCAACAUGUAUGGUUAAGAAGAUCGAAAUAUGAUGAGGACGAGGCUCAUGUUGUUGCUGUUUUUGUUGAAGUUGAUGCUAAUUGUCCAGAUCAGUCUGUAGAGAUAGUUGCCACUGUGAACGCAGCAUAUGAAGGUGAUAGUCGGCAAGGACGAGAAGAAGAACAGCUAACUGAAGUUAGCCAAUCCUUAGCAACAGAAUCUAGUGCAGCUCCACAAGCACCGAAAUUCUUGAGGAAACUUGUGAAUUGUUUUGGUAGAAUAGGAGAGCCAGUUCAGAUGAAAUGUCUUAUAGCUGGAAUGCCACAACCAGAAAUUGAAUGGACUGUUGAUGGAGACCCAAUUGUUCCCAAUGACGAAUACAAUAUUGUCUAUGAAGACGGAGUUUGUAUUCUUCGAAUAGAAUCUACACUAAUCGAAGAUGAAGGAGAAUACUGCUGUACUGCAAGCAACGUAGCCGGAACUGCAUUCAGCAAAUGUUAUCUGAAAUUGUCAGGUUAG